GCUUCAAUUACAGAGAGAGGCUCCAUCACUGGCUGGGCCUCAUCCCCUCCCCACUGACCCCCCGGGGUCCCAGUAUACUCCAUCCCUGAGGGCCUCCUGGGACCCCUGCGUCCCCUGGGCAUGGACCUUCCGUGCCUUCUCCAUGGAGGCAUAUUCCUUAGGAGCACAGCUCUGGAGCUGCACUCCUGAGCCCAAAGUGUUGGGCUCCUCUCUCAGUUCUGUGCCUCAGUUUCUCCCUCCGUGAGACGGAGACCCUAGGAACUCCAGCCUCAGGGGCUGUGGAAGGAUUGAACGAGCAGUGCACGUGGUGUGUGGCGAGUGUGGGCUGUUCAAUGCCUGUUGCCUCCUCUCCAUUAGGCUCUGAGCUUCUCCCCUCCAUUAGGCUGUGAGCUAGUGUGUGGCGAGUGUGGGCUGUUCAGUGCCUGUUGCCUCCCCUCUGUUAGGCUGUGAGCUUCUCCCCUCCAUUAGGCUGUGAGCUUCCUAGAGGCAGUGGUGUGUUCAUGGCUUUUGGUCUGGUUUGCUCCCUCCUGUGUCCCCACCACGUCACCAAUGCCUAGUGAAUGCUUGUGGGUAGAUACGCUGUGGUCAGCCUCCUUGGACCAAGGCCGCCUCUUUCCUGUGGGAAGGCUGAGGUGGGUGAGGCAGGUGAGGUAAUUUCAUGUCUGUGCGGGCGCAGUGGUGACCACAGGAAACACCAGGACAGAUGGAGACAGGCCCCUUGAGAAGGCAGUUGGGCUGUGGGACGACCGUAUGGGGCAGUGCAGAGAGCCAGGGGCGGCCACAAUGCAAAUUGCCAUUCUAUGUGGCCCUGGGGGCGUGGAUCGGGGUAGUAACAGCUGGUGGUUUUGAGGUAUGAGUGGGCUCUAGAGGGCCAGAAAAGUGGUAGCAAGGACGUCUUGACAGCAAGCAAGCGGUUGCCGGGAUGGCUGGGUGAGCUGGAAACGGAAUCUCAGGACGUGAGCCUGGGGCUUUGAGUUCCUCCGCAGGGUCAGAUGCGAGCUGUUUCCAGCGUCAGAUGUGAACCAUGGAGUGGGUGCUUGGAAAAGCCUCAGGGUGUGCGUGGCUGCCUCCGUUUCCUGUGGCCGCCGUCAUAUGACGGGUGGCUGAAGGUGACAAAAAUGUACUUUCUCGCAGUUCUGGAGUCCAGAAGCCUGAAACCAAGGUGUGGGCAGGGUGGGUUCCCUCUGGAGCCUGAGGGCUUUGGUUCCAUCUUUGGUCCCUCUGCUGUGUCCUUGCUGUUCCAGGCCCGGGGAAGCGCGUCACCACCCCCUGCCCCUGCUUCACACGGCCGCCUCUCUCUGUGGGUCUCUGUGUCCUGAGCGUCUCUUCUUAAAAGGAUGCCUAUCAUCAGAUUUAGGGCCUGCUCUAAAUCCAGGAUGACCGUGCCUCAAGAUCCUUAAUUAAUCACAUCUGUAAAGACCCCAUUCCCGAAUAAGAUCCCAUUCUGAAGAUCUGAGUGGCCCUGCAUUGUGGGAUAUGCUGUUCAUCCCGUCACUCCUGGUGACGGUAAUGUCCUCAGUGAUGACAGCCCCAUAUUUCAGGGCAUCUUGUGGCCACCUUUACCUCAGAGGGGAGCCUGCAGGGUCCACGUCCUGGCCUCCCUGUGUGCCUGGGAUGGGGCAGGAGGCCACAGCCAGGGCAGCCUGGGGUGCUGGUGAGGAAGAGGAGGUGGGCUCUGCCCCUCACAGUCAAGGCAUCUGAGGGAAGGAGACUUACUUGUGUUCCGAGUGUGUCUCCCGGCCUUCAAGGUGUUGAUAUUUUGACGUUGUGUAAUAAACACAGGCAUUGGUGAACUGUGGAUACUUCUCUAUGUUGGGCAAAGCCAUGGCAAUUCCCCUGGUGGGCAGAGGAGCAAAUUCCCUGAUGCACCCUCCACCUUUCCAGCAUGAAGAACCCUCCGCCAGGUCUGUUUUCCAGGAAGAUUCUCCUCUGAUUUGGUCUGUGGACCUGGCGCUGUGCGUCGCCAGCCAGCCUUGUUCACGGUGAGCCAUUCGGUGGAAUCACCGCCCGUUCCAAGUGAACUCUUUGGGUCACUGGAAUACUUGAGGGAAAUGUUAGAAGAUUUUAUGAUGAAAAUAUGCCCGAACACCUGCCUUGCUGUCUCCAGCGUGGGCCCGACUGUGGUUUCUACCACCAGCUUCCUUUGUAGGCUUGGGCAGUGGAAGCUGAGGUGUGUGUAGAAGUGAAUCCCAGCUCAUCGUCUCUUCCGUGCGUUUACUGAGGGAAAACCGCUGCUGCCGGGUAGAAUUUACAGUGAGAACUCUGCCACCGUGAGUUGUGGAAGGAUCCUGUCACCCCUUCUCAUCUGCAUCCCCCACUGCAGCCGUGUGUUUUACGGGGUAAGACCUCUGUGGACUCGGGGGGAGCAGAGCUGGAGUCUCGCUACUUCCAAGAAGAGCAGCAGCAAAAAGGCCCCAAACUGUCGCUGCCACAGAGAGUCCCUGUGGUGUUUUCCAGGGAGCAGGGGCCCACGUGGGCGGCAGGUUGUGCUGCAGAUGCAGCGAGCUCCAAACUGCUUCCCUUCCCUCUCCCUCCCUGGUGAGGACUUUCUUGGAGGUUGCACUGAGCCAUUUCCAUGAAGGGCUUUCCUCCUCCUCUGGAACUUUUCAGACACCAGGGAGCACGAGACGUGGCCGGGAGGAGCUGCUCUGUGGGGACGGGGCCCUCCGAGCACCCUGCCCACUCACUCUUAUAAAGACCCAUGUCGUCAGCACGGUGACGCUCCCUAGGAAGUUGCCCAUUUAUGGCUACUAGAGCAAAUGAUAUCAUCACAAUAGGUGGCUCCUGUCUAAAUAGGGAUCAUUUGUGAAAUGAGAUUAUAGACAUUUAUCUGAAAAAAAAAACAGGAGAUAGAGGCACCUGCUUUCUGUAAUUGAUAUCCUGGGGGAGAGCAGUGCGCGGUAAUUAAAGCGUCCAUCUCCAUGGCUAACUCUGUUACGAGGAACGAGCUCGCCUCUCCUGCUCUGCACCAAGCAGCCCCCACAUCCACAUGGAGUCGACUCCAGAUCCAUGUUUUCUAUUGUGCUUGACUAUAUGGGCCAUGCAUCGCAGUCCUGUGCCUGCCACGCUGCUGCAGUGCCUGGUUUGCAGAGCUCCGUGGCAGCCUGGUCCAGGCUGUGGCUGACUGGAGCCUCGGAGGCACGCUCGGUCGUCUUGGCCUGCUUCUCUUGCAAGGAUGUGCAAGCUUCCCUGAGUGCAGGUCUCCCCGUCCGCCCAGACGCCUCCUGCACUCGGCGUUUGGAUGCUGCAGACGGAGCGGCAGGAGGCUCUCCUCGAGUCCCAGUGCACGCUCUGCGGGGAGCCGGAAGAGGAAGAAGGUGGAGACCUGGUCCAGCCGGGCAUCAGCUUUCCAGGGCCGGCAGAAGAGGAUCUAGACCCGCAGUACUCAUGGUCGCCCACGCAGCACUUCAAUGAGGAGCGCUACUCGCCCGCGCCCAGGAGCAUGAAGGGCCUCUCCGGAAGUCGGACCCAGCCGCCGCUGUGUCCCGGGCACACGUGCGGUCUGGCGCCCCCCGAGGACUGCGAGCACCUGCACCGCGGGCCCGACGCGCGGCCGCCCUACCUGCUGAGCCCCGCGGACAGCUGCCCCGGGGGGCGCCACCGCUGCUCGCCGCGCAGCUCGGUGCACUCGGAGUGCGUGAUGAUGCCCGUGGUGCUGGGCGACCACGUGUCCAGCAGCACCUUCCCGCGGAUGCACUACAGCUCGCACUACGACACGCGCGACGACUGCGCCGUGGCCCACGCGGGCGCCAAGAUCAACCGCAUCCCGGCCAACCUGCUGGACCAGUUCGAGAAGCAGCUGCCGCUGCACCGGGACGGCUUCCACACGCUGCAGUACCAGAGGACGUCCGCGGCCGCCGAGCAGCGCAGCGAGAGCCCCGGGCGGAUCCGCCACCUGGUACACUCCGUGCAGAAGCUCUUCACCAAGUCGCACUCGCUGGAGGGCUCCUCCAAGAGCAACGCCAACGGCACCAAGGCGGACGGCCGGGCGGACGACCACCACCACGCCCACCACGCCAAGCACAGCAAGAGGAGCAAGAGCAAGGAGCGCAAGCCCGAGGGCAAACCCCGGCCCGGCGCGAGCAGCUGGUGGAGCUCGGACGACAACCUGGACAGCGACAGCACCUACCGGACGCCCAGCGUGCUCAACCGGCACCACCUGGGCCCGGUGGCCCACUGCUACCCCGACGCGCUGCAGAGCCCGUUCGGGGACCUGUCCCUCAAGACCUCCAAAAGCAACAACGACGUCAAAUGCUCAGCCUGCGAGGGUUUGGCGCUGACGCCCGAUGCCAAGUACCUGAAGCGCAGCUCCUGGUCCACGCUGACGGUCAGCCAGGCCAAGGAGGCCUACCGCAAGAGCUCGCUGAACCUGGACAAGCCGCUGCUGCACCAGGACACCAAGCCCGCCCUGAGGCCGUGCCACUACCUCCAGGUGCCUCAGGACGAGUGGGGAGGGUACCCCACCGGAGGCAAAGACGAAGAGAUUCCCUGCAGGAGAAUGAGAAGCGGGAGUUACAUUAAAGCCAUGGGGGACGAGGAGAGUGGAGAGUCAGACUCCAGCCCCAAGACGUCACCAAAGUCGGGGAUCCGACCGGAGCCGCUGCUGAAGUCCAUCGGACAGAGACCGCUUGGAGAGCACCCGACCCAAAGCUACCUGCAAGCUGCAAGCGACGUGCCUGUGGGCCACAGCCUGGACCCCGCUGCGAACUACAACUCCCCGAAAUUCCGCUCCCGGAACCAGAGCUACAUGAGGGCCGUCAGCACCCUGAGCCAGGCCAGCUGCGUGAGCCAGGUGAGCGAGGCGGACAUCAAUGGGCAGUUCGAGUCCGUGUGCGAGUCCGUCUUCAGUGAAGUCGAAUCUCAGGCCAUGGACGCCCUCGACCUCCCGGGAUGUUUCCGAACAAGGAGCCACAGUUACCUUCGAGCCAUUCAGGCCGGCUACUCCCAAGAUGACGAGUGUAUUCCCGUGGUGACACCCUGUGACCUCACCUCCACCAUCAGGUCAACAGCAGCCGUCUCCUAUACAAAUUACAAGAAAACCCCCCCGCCGGUGCCCCCUCGGACCACCUCCAAGCCUCUGAUCUCGGUGACGGCGCAGAGCAGCACCGAAUCCACCCAGGAUGCCUACCAGGACAGCCGCGCACAGAGGAUGUCCCCGUGGCCCCAGGACAGCCGCGGCCUCUACAACUCCACGGACAGCCUGGACAGCAACAAGGCCAUGAACCUCGCCCUGGAGACGGCCGCGGCCCAGCGCCACAUGCCCGAGAGCCAGAGCAGCUCCACGAGGACCAGCGACAAGGCCAUCCUGGUGUCCAAGGCGGAGGAACUCCUCAAGAGCCGCUGCUCCUCCAUCGGGAUUCAGGAUUCUGAAUUCCCAGAGCAUCAGCCAUACCCAAGGUCAGAUGUGGAAACGGCCACAGAUUCUGACACGGAGAGCCGUGGUCUGCGGGAAUACCACUCCGUCGGGGUGCAAGUGGAAGAUGAGAAGCGACACGGGCGUUUUAAACGUUCUAACAGCGUCACGGCUGCCGUCCAAGCUGACCUGGAGCUGGAGGGGUUCCCAGGCCACAUCACCAUGGAGGACAAAGGCCUCCAGUUCGGCUCAUCCUUCCAGCGGCACUCCGAGCCCAGCACCCCCACCCAGUAUGGCGCGGUGAGAACUGUACGGACCCAGGGGCUCUUCAGCUAUCGAGAAGACUAUCGGACCCAAGUGGACACCUCCACCCUGCCCCCUCCGGACCCGUGGCUGGAGCCCGCCAUCGACACGGUAGAGACUGGGAGGAUGUCUCCGUGCCGCAGGGAUGGCUCGUGGUUUUUGAAGCUGCUGCACACGGAGACGAAGAGGAUGGAAGGCUGGUGCAAAGAGAUGGAGCGAGAGGCGGAGGAGAACGAUCUCUCGGAGGAAAUUCUCGGGAAAAUCAGGAGUGCCGUCGGGAGUGCCCAGCUUCUCAUGUCCCAGAAAUUCCAGCAGUUUUAUUGGCUUUGCCAACAGAAUAUGGACCCCAGCGCCAUGCCAAGGCCGACGUCACAGGACCUGGCCGGCUACUGGGACAUGCUGCAGCUCUCCAUCGAGGACGUCAGCAUGAAGUUCGACGAGCUGCAGCGGCUUCGGCUCAAUGACUGGAAGAUGAUGGAGUCCCCGGAAAGAAAGGAAGAAAGAAAGGUCCCACCUCCAAUACCAAAGAAGCCCCCCAAAGGGAAAUUUCCCAUCACAAGAGAAAAAUCCCUGGACCUGCCCGACAGACAACGUCAGGAAGCCCGGAGACGACUCAUGGCCGCCAAGCGAGCGGCGUCCUUCCGGCAGAAUUCUGCCACCGAGCGUGCGGACAGCAUCGAGAUCUACAUCCCCGAGGCCCAGACCCGGCUCUGAGGACGGAGGCCGGCCACCUUCCCCUUGGUUGUUUCUGCUUUUUCACAAAACGCUUGUACAGUUUGUUGCCUCCCUAGUGGUUUCUGUCUCAUUUCUUCCACUGAACACGCCCUUGCUCUUAUGCUCCUUGUACCGUGAACACAGUGGAAUGCGGUCAGUGGCCUCAGAGUCCACGGAGCUCGUGGCGAGGACGACUUUUGUUUUUUUUUUUUUUUUAAACUGGUGGCCUGGCUCACACUCGGCUCUGAGGGACAGGCGUGGUGAGACCUGACUUCUCCGUGUUCUCAGAGGACGGCGAGAAAUGCCUCUGGAGCUGGAACCCAGCUUACAUUUUGUUAUUUCUAUUUUUAUAAAUUGUGUGAUAAUUAGAGGUAAGAAUAAUAACUAUAAAUGGGUGCAUCUCACCACCCCCUAGAGGCAUUAGACACCCAAGAGGAAGGUGCUACAACCUGAAGUGCAGGAAGAAAGGCCCACUCCCCUCGCACACCCAAGCUUUUGCUCCCUGAGCGCAGGCAGCCCAUCCACCCGCUCCGCCCUCCUGCUCCUGUUUGUCACAGGUAGAAAACAUUAGGCUCCUUGUGUCCAGCUUACUGUGAGGGAAAGUUCUCUCUCCAGCCACCAAACUCCCCACCAUACAGUUCUCCAGCAUCCCAGGGGAUGACAAAUCUGAACCCACUAAAAUACCCAGCACAGCAUCUACACAUUGAAAAGAUAAGCCGAGUGUUCCCACGAGGAAGUCACAGGCAGAGAGAGGAGAGUCUUACGGAGGGCUGGGAGCAUAAAGGGGAAACAAUGUCCUUACUUCUAUGAAAUAGUUAUUGUAUUUUUUAUUUCUUUGUAACUUAAAAUACGACACCCAGUAUUUUCUUUAAGUUUCACCAUUUAUGCUACAUGUGAUUUUUUUAAUGUAUGUAUAUAUAUUCUCAAAUUGUUCUAUCAGCUGACUUUCCAGGGUAUCCUUAAAAAAAAAACCACGAAAAAAAAACACAAAAAGUUUGCUUGUUUAAAAUGACAAUUGUGAUGUUGUAAAAAGUUUCAGAAAUAUGAAUGUGAGUGGUAAGUAUAUCUCAGUUUAAAUGGUAAAGAAGAAAUGUAGUUUACAUUUGUAUUUUUCCAGAAUUAUUUUGUCCUAUGCAGUAUUGCUUAAGUCAAGAAUAUAUUCCUUGCCUGUGUUAGACCUGAAGGGAAAAAGAGGUCACAUAUUGUGAUUUCCAGCUGUGGAAUUCAAAAAAAAAAAAAAAAAAAUUAGUGUUCAUGACUCUGUGGUCGGUGCCAGAGGAAAAUAGGAACGACUAAUAGGCUCUCCGUGUGUAUCAUUAAAUUCAGCUGCCACGACCGUUGUUCCAACACAACUUGUUCACAGUUCAGACCAGUCUUCGCAGGAAAAGCCUAUCAGAUUUCAGAGUCCAGUUAUUACUGGUUCCAGUUUCACAGUCCUCGUUAUUACUCAGAGUAAAAGCAGGACUGCGAUGUAAGAUGUUUCCACCCCAGUACCUGGUCUUCCUUCCCGGCUUAAGGAGUACCAUGUACUUAGCCACAGGCAGAGCCGCUUUCGAGGACGACCCCGUAGCACUUUGUUUCUUCACCUUGAUUUGCACUUUACAGCGUCCCCGGCCCCUCCGCAGCCCGUGGCUGGCAGGGCGUUCCAGGCGCAGCUGUCCGGCAGAGCGCCCUCCAGAGCCGCGGGGUCUCCCUGCCUCAUUCGCCACAUCCCACGGAGCAUGGGACCAUUGGGAGCAGAGCUGAUACUAAAGCAUGUUUAGCUUCGAAGUUUUACUUUUUUAAAGCUGAGUAGUUAAGAAUUCCCUGUAACAACAAAACCCUGUAAAUUGAGCCUCGUAUCUGGUAUAUAUUUUACCAAACAGCCUUAAAAUAUAUUUGGAAGCAAAAAUCAGUACGAAUGUAUCUCCUUGAAAAAUGCAAAAAAAAAAAAAAAAAAAUCCCUGAAAUAUUCUUCUAUAAAUGAAUCCUAUUUCCCCAGGGUGUUCAAAGCAUUUUUCUACCUAAAUACCUAAAUUUUGAGUAGUGUACAGUAAUGAUGCUUCUUCCUAUAUCCACUCUAUUAUGUUAAAACAAAUGUAUUUGCGAGUAUUGGCAUUUUAGACUUUAAAAAUGCUGUAUGAUUUCAGAUGAACUCUGCUGUUUAAAAAUAACCACAGAAAAGCAAAGUCAGUGUGCACUCCGAGUGAAAGGAAAUGUAAUGUGGAUACAGGCCCGCCACCUCCUCACGUUGGUCUAUCUACUGGCAGCUGAUAUGUUUCACUCAUUUCCUUGAGCAGAUACAAACGUAUAAAAACAAACUGUUAAAGUAGACAAUAAUUACUCGUCUCAGAUCCCAGAUUCUAUGAUCCCUGCUUAAAAUGUUCACUGGAUGUAGGUUGAUUUCUUACGUUGUGUAGACUCAUUAUUUUUCAAUCCCCAAAAGUCUUGGCCUAAACCAUCCCUAGGUGAGCAGAUCAACCUACCACUACAUUGCACAGGGGUUGGUGACUCGACGUGGUGAAUGUGGACACGCCCUGCUCGGUCCGCCAUGUUCCAAAGAAGAUGAUUUAAUGGUAGAACGGAUACCUGCUGCUAGACCUGAUGGAAUGUUACCUGUCCGUGUUACAUAAUCAAGUGCAAUAUACUCAGUUCUCAUGCAGGUGACAUUCUACCAUGAAACGCAGAAGAUAAGCCAUGUUUAUGUAUCGUACAUGUCAAGAAAAAUAAAACUGUUUAUGAUACUUGUGUUAGUUACUCGAGCUAGCUUAUUUCAGCCACUUCUAGCAGAUACAUACCAUGGAGCUCACGUGUGACCAUUUCGUCAUAUUUAAAAUACAGUUUUAAGAAAAGAGUAAACAUCCAUUGGAGAACAUGGCUGAAAAUUAUUGUGCUGUUCUAGGAACAUCAUCGGAGAGUGUGAUGUUCACUCUAACCCCAUACCCACAUUCUCUAAUGAUACAGCCAAUGACGGGUGAAACCCAGACACUUUCCGUAUAGCCGACAGGUUGAUCCUGCUCUGUUGAAGGCUGUAGUUAAUAAAACACAAGUAUGAUAAACAGGACCUCGCAUUUAGCCCAGGAAAGGAGAAUGCUGCUUGUUACCCGGGGUGCUUUUCUUGUGAUGCGUCUCAUGCAUCUUCACGUGUUAUUGUGUUGAAGUAAAACUAGCUGUUCUCAAUGACAAUUUUUACCAUAUUUUUCUCAGCAAAUUUAUAUCACCAUCUUAGAAUGGUAUAUAAAAAAUUGAACUGUGUAUGAUACCAAAAAAUUAGUUUUGUUUAAAAGGAAAUGUUUUCAACUCCAAAUCAAUUCUAAAAACUUCGAGCACGUAUUUGAAAGGUAAAUGGUUAGAUAAAAAUAUAAAUUACAUGUAAGGUUAUCUGGUUUUUUUGUUUAAAAAAAAAAAAAAAAGGCUACAAAAUCAGUGACCUGCUAAGUAGAGGGAAUUUCUCCCUGCUGCUUCUUAUGACAGUGGCCAGGUUUAUGAUUAGAAGACACAGUGGCAGAGCACACACGUGCAUAGGUUCUGAUUAUUUCUCUUGGAGCGUAUGUCCUUGUCUUCCCUGUCUUGAUUCUUGCCUUUUCAAUGCCAUAUUAAGCAGCCACUGUUUCCACCCCUUUCAUUAGAAGGCCCUGCAUCUGUAAAUUCGCUCAUCUCUGUUUUCGUGAGAUCCUUGUAAGCAUCGCUACCCCAGUUCAGGAUGGAAUUCCACAGGAAAGUGAAGGGAUACUGCAGGCCUGUGUUUGGAGCGCCUGUGGUGACCAUAGAAUGAGCUGUAUUAGGGACCGCUCUCUGGUUUGGGCCAAACCUUUUGGGGGCGAGUAGGGAGUUGGGGAGGUGGGUCUGAGUCUUCCUCAGGAGGGCCUUUUCUAUCGGCAGGACCUCCAUCAAAUCAAGCCAUCCUGUGGUCCUGAGUACUAAGGGGCCAGGGGACCUCCUGGGAGACGCAGCUCGUGUUUCAGCUGUGUUUCAUCAGUCAGCCUUGCUUGGAAUUCUGGCAGGUUCCCUGGGGUGUUUCAGCAGACAGGAGGCCUAUGUGCCGUGGCCAAGUCAGCCUGGGUACCCCAGUCACCAGCAGGGCCAUCCUUGAUGACAGGGCCCCCCACGAACCUGGGAGAGGCAGCAGGAAAUGUGUAAGAGUGUGUGCAGGGGUACGGACGUAAAAGCGUUGCCCAAAACAGCACUGGUUCGGGGAGGGCCCCUGGAUACUUCCUUUGGCCCUGGAAUCGCCCCACCUUUGAGCAUAGAAACAAGCUCCUCCAACACGGGCCGAAAUAACCAAACUCCCCAUGGUUCUUGUGUGCUCACUUCCCAGCCCUCUUCUUGUCAAGCCUGAACUUCAUUUUUUUUCUAACUGCAAAUUUUACAGGCUGGUUUAAAACAGCAGUUUUCGGACGACAGCCCCUGGGAAUGUGCGAGGGUUGUCUUGUUUUGAUCUGCAUGUCUGUUUACACUUCUCUGUAGGCAUGGGUUGAAUACAAGGUUCCAAAACUUGAAAAUAAAAGAGAAAACCAUGAGCUUAAGAGAUGAAAAAGAUGACCCCUUUCUGAGUAGGAUCCGUAACCCUGUGGACUGGGGCAACGCAAUGUGCUUCAUUCAGCACCGUGUCAGCCAUAACACACACCACGGGGGGUCAGAUCAGAGCCACGGCUUCCCUUGCGGGUGCCCCAUCUUGUUGCUAUUAGUUGGGAGUUGCAAUACAUUGUUGGCCAUAAACAAAGUGCUAAAGGAAAGGGCUUGUUCUAUGCAUUCGGUUGAAUGUCCCCCAGUGCAGAGUAGCAGCAGAAUGUUCUGGAAAUAAAGGAGCUAUUGCUAGGAAUCUCUAGGCCGUUAGUCAGGCAACCUGGCUUUUAUUCAUCCUCAGCCAGCAACUCAUCUCAGUUUUUUCCUCUGGAAAGGGGAUUAUAGUUCCUGUCCCCAUCUCCCUUGAGGACACAUUGUGAGGAUUAAUGAUAUAUUGGCUCUAAAGUCCUUUGAGCUCCUGGGAACAGGUGGUGAAAGUGUGAGUUCUUGCUAAGGAUUAGUCCCUGGCCUCUUCUGGAAGGCUGCCCUCCCAGCUCUGCAAGGGAUGCUGCCAAAAUCCAGGCUGGUUGUAAACAUCUCAGAUAAUCAGGGACCACCAGAGGCAAAGGCCAUGAGACUGUCUUUGGGAAGGUUUGGAAAUGGAGAAGUAACUACAAGGGCCAUUCUCCUUAGCUUCUGGCUUUCAUUUCAACUGUUUCUAGAUGCUUCCAAGAACAAGAACCCAGCAUCAACCAGAAUUAGGCCACGUUUUCACCAUUACUUAAGCUCAGUUGCCUCUUAGAUGAAAUGAGGAGAUACACUAAACAUUAAAGUGAUAAAGGAAAAAAAAAAAAUUUGGAAGCAGAAAAUUGCAUGGGUAGGGAAACAGCAGGAACGAAAUCAGACACAGUGACUCAAACCACAGAAGGGUUUGAGAAGCCCACCCCUCUAAUUAAUUCCUCUAUUUCACACUUCAGAGAAGGCAGAGGUGGUCCGUGGGAAAGCUCUGGGAAAUAACCAUCUUUCAUCCUUGCCACAUUGAAAAAUGUCCACAAUUUUAUGAAUUGCUGUCCUAACUCUGGCGUUUUUAUCCAGUGUUAAAAUAAAUUAUUUCAAGUUUCAAUGUAAACACUUAACAGAUGACUUCUUUGCAGAGGAAAUGUUCGUUACCUACUAUCAAACUACUUUUUAACAGAUUUUGUACAUACACACACCAAGGUGACAGAUUUACCUCCCUACUUUCUUAGAUUUUCUGUAACUCUUUUCAUUGGUGCUUAUUCAGAACCUGAAAGCCUUGGGCAUCCAAGCUUUCGCCUACUCAGUGGAGAGGUGAUAAUGAAUGAGAAGAUUGACACCAGGUUUCUUGGACAAAUUUAAGUUCAGAUUUAUCUCUUUCAAGUAGACCAUGGUCUCCCUAGAGAGUGUGUUGGUUUGGGUCUGCCAGUACGACAACGGAUGCUCCCAGCUUGAUCGUGGUACCUUAUGGAAGCCACUCACCCAUUCUCUGAUUUACCCCCAGAACACUACCAUGCCCCAGCCCCACUCAUUUGAAUAAUACAAUCAUAUCACUUUCAAAGGGCUCAGCAUGAAUGUCCCCCUCACUCCACUUUCUAACUGGUUUGCUGAACUCAACAAAGCUUCCCCUUACGAGCAGUGAGACCUAGGCUCCUUUUGAAUGCUUCCUUCCGAACGGUAAGCCACUUCACUCUCGGACAGGACAGGUCCUCCCUGCAGAGACACAACUCAUCCCUGACCUUCCAUACUACAGACCAAAAUACCCAGGUGUGGCCUAAGGACUACAUUAAAUGCCUCCUAUAGAAAUUCAAGGAAUGUUAGAACCAGGAAACUAGCUGUUUAGUUAAAGUUUUAAAGAAGUAUAUAAAUAUAUAUAUAUAAAAAUAUAAAUAUGAAAUCAUAUCGAGUGUGAGGAUGAACAGAGUGCCAAAUAUUCAGCAUCUGUACAAAGUCAUUCACUGGAAUUAAACUAUUUUAUGUAAUUCUCUUUCUCAUGCUUUUAUGGUUCUUUUGAUAAAUUCUAUUUAGUAGCAUGCAGGAUACCUAAUCUGAAUGUGCAAUAUGCUAUUCAUCACCGCGACAAUUUCUUACUUCUUCUUAGUAACUUAUCAGAAUGUUAGUCGUUCCUUUAAGGCAUUUAAGGAUUGCUUUAUUUGUGUUCUUUUUUCCCAUGACUUUUUUUCACUCAUCUGACUGUAAGAAAUGCGCACCGUUUCCGCCAUAACCCUCUGUGAUGAUGCCUCCAUUUGACUCUUGUAUCGCUGUUCACCUCCUGUAAAUAGUUCUGCAAUUAAAUUUUUUGAGAAAAGUAA